AUGGAGGACGACAGGAUGGAGCGGAUGGAGUCGAUGGAGCCGAUCUCGGCGCACUACACCACGGCGUACCCGGAGAUCCAUCCCGAUAGCGGGUACGAAUCCAGAGAUACCGCCGACAGCCAGGCGAAGUCCCCGCCGGCUCCGACAUACGAUGAAGAAUUCGUGCACAAGACAAUCCUGGUCGGGGACAGCGGAGUGGGGAAGACGUCUCUGUUGGUGCAGUUCGACCAGGGGAAGUUCAUCCCCGGCUCCUUCUCUGCUACAGUGGGCAUUGGAUUCACGAAUAAAGUGGUGACCGUUGACGAUGUAAAGGUCCAACUCCAGAUUUGGGACACAGCGGGACAGGAGAGGUUCAGGAGUGUGACACAUGCGUAUUACAGAGAUGCACACGCUUUGCUCCUCCUGUACGACAUCACCAGCAAAACCUCUUUUGACAACAUCAGGGCAUGGUUAACAGAGAUCCAUGAGUAUGCACAGAGCGACGUCGUCAUCAUGUUGCUUGGCAACAAGGCGGACAUGAGCAGUGUCCGAGCCAUCAGGAGAGACGAAGGAGAGAGGCUGGCCAGAGAGUACUCGGUUCCUUUCAUGGAAACAAGUGCCAAAACGGGGGUCAACGUAGAGCUGGCCUUCACCGCUGUUUCCAAGGAGCUGAAGCACCGGGCCGUCCAGCAUCCCAAUGAACCCAAGUUCCAGAUUCACGAAUACAUUGAAACACAGAAGGAGAAGUCGGGCUGCUGCAGCUCCUUCUAA